AGGAAUGUCGUUAUUCGUAUUGGUGCAAUUCUCUGUCCUCAAAAUUCUGACUUCCUUGGCAUGGCAAAAUGAUCUUGACAUUCGCUAAGAGAGUGCCGAACGUCGCAGAAGUGAAGCAGAAGGCGGUUGAAGCGUUCGCGUGUCCGCAGUGGUAUCGGAAGUGUCGUGCGAGAAGUGUCACGAUCGGUUGUUGGAAAUACGACGAAACAAAAAACCCUGGUCCCUUGCGUCGUGCGAACUUAGUAGAAAGGAACGCGGCAUUUCCCUGUUGCUGGGAAGAUCAGAAAGAAGUGGAAGUGAGGAAUGGUAUGCAGGUGAUCGUGUCGACGGAUUGGAAUUCAUUCGGGCGUCGUCCGGACCCGGUUGUGUUUGCGUGUGGCGAAAUGGGAAAAAUCAAAAAGUUUUUGUCUUUCCGCACUUCACAAGGAAUCGAAUCUUCUGUCACUUUUCGAAGUUGUAGGAAAAACAUUCAGAACAUGGUAUUCGAAUCUUUGCAAUCGAUUUUUGUCCUUCAGCAAAAGAAAUAUUACCUUGAAAAGAGUGUCAAGUUGAGGCUCAUGUCGAGAUUCUGCACAACGUACAUUUAG